AUGGUUGUCUGUGGUGCAGGAAAUAUAACUUCACUGGCACUUUUCCUGUCACCGAUGAAAACAUUCUGGGGGAUAUACAAGCUUAAAUCUACCCAAGAGUUUUCAGGACUUCCAUAUGUGUGUACCUUGUUCAACUGCUGUCUUUGGCUACUCUACGGAGCCCCAUUUGUUAAACCUCACAGCAUUUUGCUUCUCACGAUCAAUGGUGCAGGCUUUGUUUUGGAGAUAUUUUAUAUGUUGUCCUUUCUGACAUUUGCCCUCAAACAGAAGAAGGUAAAAAUUAUCCGGUUGGCCAUUGCAAUGACGGUGGCUUUUGUCAUGGUGGUUGUGGUUACUAUUUAUGCGCUGCACACAUACAAUGUCAGACAGUUACUUGUUGGCACUUUAGGUGUCAUCCUUUCCAUUGUUGCGGAUGCCUCCCCAUUAUCUGUAGUGGGAGAUGUUAUCAGAACCAAAAGUGUUAAGUACAUGCCAUUUUUAGUCUCACUAUUCACUACUCUAAAUGCGCUUGUCUGGUCUGCAUAUUCUAUAAUCGCCAAGGACAUCUUUAUAGCUGUGCCCAAUGGUAUUGGUUUCCUUUUAGGAGUAAUUCAGCUCGUUGUUUACCUCAUUUACAGAAGCUCAGAGCCUGUUUUACGUGUAUCUACUGAGCUUCAAAAACUUCCUGAAAUAGAAAUGAUAGAUGAUGCAUUUGAUCUUCCCAUGGCUGCAGCGAAUCUUGUAAUUGAUGAUCAAGUUUAA